AUGGGUUCAAGGGGCCAACGGAGGAAAACAAUACCGUUGGACCACGGAAAGAAAAGUCCAUUUGGCCUCAGACUAAGUCCCCAGAGUCAACCCAUUUUUGCAUUCGAGUGGAAGGACCCAGAAUUGGGAAUUUCAGGUCAGCUAACCUGGACAAGGCUACCACAAGGAUUUAAGAACAGCCCCACGUUAUUCGAUGAGGCCCUCCACCAGGACCUAGCCGAUUUCCGGGUAAGACACCCCUCCCUGAUCUUACUCCAAUAUGUCGAUGACAUCUUACUGGCAGCAACAAAUGAGGAGGACUGUCAAACAGGUACUGGGGACCCCCUACGAACCCUUGGCCAGUUGGGAUAUAGGGCAUCCGCAAAGAAGGCUCAGAUUCGUCAGACUAAGGUCACCUACCUGGGCUAUGAAUUGCAUAACGGCCAGCGAUGGCUAACGGCCGCAAGGAAAGAGACUAUAUCCAGCAUUCCAAUGCCCCAAACCCACAGGCAAUUGGAAUUCCUAGGGACAGCGGGCUUUUGUAGGCUAUGGAUCCCUGGGUUUGCAGAAAUAGCGGCCCCCCUAUACCCCUUGACCAAACAGGAUACCCCUUUCGUCUGGACUGAACAACAACAGCAGGCAUUCGAUCAUAUUAAACAAGCUCUCCUCAAGUCCCCAGCGUUAGGCCUGCCCGACAUAACUAAACCCUUUGACUUGUUUGUCGAUGAAAAACAAGGGUUUGCUAAGGGGGUUCUAACUCAAAGACUAGGGCCUUGGAGACACCCUAUCGCCUACCUCUCUAAGAAGUUAGACCCCGUAGCAGCAGGAUGGCCACCAUGCCUAAAAAUGAUAGCAGCCAUAGCGGUCCUAGUCAAGGAUACAACCAAACUAACUUUGGGACAGCCUGUAACAAUCCUGGCUCCACACACAGUGGAAUCUUUAAUUCGCCAACCACCAGACCGCUGGCUGUCUAAUGCUCGCCUUACUCACUAUCAGUCCCUCCUCCUGGACACAGACAGGAUCCAGUUCGGACCUGUGGUGACUCUCAACCCCGCAACUCUCCUACCCACCCCUGGAAAGGCCCCCUUGCAUGAUUGUCACCAGAUCCUUGCAGAAACGCAUGAAACACGACCUGACCUUACCGACCAACCCAUGAAGGAUGCGGACCUAACCUGGUACACAGAUGGCAGUAGCUACCUGCAGGAUGGAGAACGACGGGCAGGAGCCGCCAUCACGACCGACUCUCAAAUUGUGUGGGCAAGUGCGUUACCAGGAGGCACUUCAGCCCAACGGGCCGAGCUAAUCGCCUUAACCCAGGCCCUCCAACUGGCAGAAGGUAAGAAACUCAAUGUUUACACAGAUAGCAGAUACGCCUUUGCCACCGCCCAUAUUCAUGGGGAAAUUUGGAGAAGGGGACUACUAACCUCCGAUGGGAAAGAAGUUAAAAAUAAGACUGAAAUAUUGGCCCUACUAAAGGCCUUCUUUCUCCCCAAGAAGUUGAGCAUAAUGCAUUGCCCAGGCCAUCAAAAAGGAAGUAGCCCAGAGGCCAAAGGAAAUCGCUUGGCCGAUGAAACAGCCCGACGGGCAGCUUUAGGGCCUCAACUAUUGACUGUCACCAUCCUCACGGGAACAGAGGGAACCAAUGAAGCCCCCGCCCAUCUGCUAGCUUUGCAGCUGGUGCAACAAGAAAUCUGGAAACCCCUGGCAGCUGCCUACCAGGAAGAACUUAACAUCCCGUCGCGACCCCAUCCCUACAAAAUCGGGGAUACUGUCUGGGUCCGCAGGCACCGAGCCACAAAUCUUGAACCCCGCUGGAAAGGACCUCACACGGUGCUCCUAACAACGCCCACGGCGCUAAAAGUCGAUGGGAUUGCAGCCUGGAUCCACGCCUCCCAUGCGGCACCAGCCCACAUCUCCCCAAGCAAUUAA